AUGGGUGGAAACAUAACUCAACAGAGCUUGAUUGAUGGUUUCAGGGAUGCGGUUGAUAAAUGUAAGUUACGUGACUUACACGUGGAAGGAUAUAGGUUCACCUGGUCGAAUAAUAGGGAAGGUGGGGAAAAUAUCCAAGAACAUCUUGACCACGCUCUUGUCUUUGACUUGUGGUUUGAGAAGUUCCCAUGCUCAAAAGUGGAGCAUCUUUCCAGAAGAAAAUCUAAUCAUGCGCCCAUUAACAUUACAAUACAAAAACAGUUGCGUGUGAAUAACAGAAAUAAGCAGAGAAAACGUGGGUUUCGCUUUGAGAAGAAGUGGCUUAGGGAUGAUGAAUGUGGAAACAUUGUUGCCAUUUCGUUGAGUUUGGGUGUGGAUUAUGACGUUUUGAGAAAAAUAAAAACUUGUGCAAAUAAUCUGAAUUCCUGGAGCAAAUCCCGUAGCUAUGAUUUUUCGGAAGAAAUCACUUAUAGGAGGGAUCAAAUGAAAACACUAAUUGAUGCCCCCCCAACAGCCGAGAACAUUGGUGUGAUGCGGAAAAUAGACCAUGAGAUUGAUGAACUGGAACUUCGUGAAGAAGAAUAUUGGGCUUAG